AUGGAUCCGGAAAAGGCGAAUACCGGAUCUUUGGAAGCUGGACUUUACCAACCGGAUCCGUUCCUACAGGCCCAGUAUCUUCAUACGGUCGAAUACAGUCGACGCGGUCUUUUUCAAAGACAUGCUUGGAAUCAUGUCUUAGUAGUGGCAGUUUCUAUUGCCCUCAUUUUCCUGGUUGUGAAGUGUACUAUGCAGCUGGCCUCCUAUAGUGCGACAUCUGUUAGGAUGCUAGCGGAAGAAAGUUUCCCCUGGCGACGGCAGCUUCCUGGGCAGCGUCCUCUCCUGCAGCUUCUCCCUAAUGACGAUGAUGAAUCGUGCGGCACAGCCAGCAGCCCAAGGCGACAUCCUCGGCAUCGCCUAGACAAGCGGCGUGAGCAAGGCGAAUCAAAACCACACGAUGCAACGCUUGGAGGAGAGGGGUCGUCGGGGGAAGCUUCUGAAAUUCCUUCAUCGCUAACUGCUAGCUCCGACGUCGUCGACAAUCCCGCCAGCGGUGAGCAUCCACAAGGUCCUCGGGCCAAACACGAGACUACUUUGGCACUUGGAGACCUGGAUUCUGUGCUCUUCAAAGGUUACAAGAAACGUUACGACUUCCCAUUAAUUGGACGAGGAGAAAGGUAUGAGCGGUUGCACGCAGGGUUGAAGAAACUGGAGGAGGUUAUGGAUGGCCUUUGCUUCCCUCACGACGGCCCCUACCAAA